ACCGAAGCACUAUCCAAACAUCCAAUAUGGCGACUGCAUCAACAACAACGGUUCGUGAUCUCGGUAACUUACAGCGACUUCCAAAGGAAGAGAAAACCUUCUUAACAAAGGGCCUAAAAAACAGGAGUUUGUUUCCAGCUCUGCCAGAGCCAGAUGAAGAUGACUGGCUGUCGUCGCACUCUGAAAUGAAAGAGACGCAUGAUUCUUGGAGGCAAAGAUUUCAAUCUGUCAUUUCGCCCGUCAGAGAGAGGAAGAAAAAAAUAUAUCUUGUGCCUCUGGGAGAAAAAUGGGCAACCUCUGAAGUAGAACUGGAUAAAAUUGGCACUAAAGAAAGCUUUUUAUCGCUUCUACAACGAUUUGCGAGUGUAUUUUUCACCGGUUUUCAAGUUGUUGUCCUUUCGUCUGUUUCCAUAGCGGAACUGAAGUGUAAGACACGAUGGCAUGGCGGACAUAGGCAGCUAUUAAUUCCAGAUAUCUAUAAAUACCUCCAAAGUAAAUGGCCUUCUGACGCUUUCUGCGUUGUGGGGAUCACAAUGAUGGAUUUGUACCCGAGGGAGAGCUGGAAUUAUGUGUUCGGACAGGCCUUACCUUCAGCUGGUGUCGGAGUGUUCAGUUUUGCAAGAUACGAUCCACUCUUUCACGAAAAAGAUAGCACGAAAGCCUUGUCAUCUAACACGAGUACCCUUGUGCUGUGGAGAAGUUGUAAGGUCAUGGCUCAUGAGAUAUGUCAUUUGUUUGCCCUAAAACACUGUGUGUUCUUUUCAUGUGCUAUGAAUGGAAGCAACCAUCUUCAGGAGUCUAACAACCGUCCAAUGUUUUCAUGUCCUAUCUGUCUUCACAAAUUGAAAUCCUGGUUUGGAUUCAAUAUGAAAGAGAGGUAUCAAGCACUGCUGGAGUUUUGUAGCUCUGUUGAAGAUGAAAACUUUCAAGGAGCAACCAUUUGGUUACAAAAAGCAAUUAAAGAACUUUCAUGA